AUGUGCAGGGAACGACCCUUGGCCGAACUGGCUUUUCUUGUGGAGGGCCUCAUUGGGGAUCACCAAAUAUUCGAAAGCUUCGGUUACGAAAAUCUUCAUGAAAGGGGGUACUUGACUUAUGAACGUUGGAUCGCCUGGACCAACUCCAAGAUAAUCGAGGCCCAAGAUCAUCUUGACAGGAUUCUUCACGCCACUGGUCAUUCUGAGGGUGUCAAUGAUGUCGAUACCGCCGUCAAUGAUAAUCUCGCAGAGGAGCCACUCGCACAUCCGUCCAUGUUAUCCGGGCCUUCUUGGAAGCCUCAUUUCGUGGGACCCGAAGAUCAAGAUUCUCGGUCUCUCAGCUUAGCAGCUAGCAGUGGUCUGGUAGCGGAGACCCAACGGCUGUUGGACAAAGGAAUCAAUCCCAACGAACCUCCUUCACUUUCAACGGACGGUUUCACCACGAUAUUAGUGGAAGCGAUUAGGAAUGGCCAUCAGCAGGUCGUGAAUCUACUCAUAGCUUACGGAGCCAAUGUCGACGGAGCAAGCCAAGAAGGGCUCUUAGACGAGAGUAACUCGCCAUUGAUCGCCGCAAUCUACAAAGGCGAGAGCGAGAUCAUUACUCAACUGUUGGAUCAUGGGGCGAAUCUUAGGAUCCUCUCACACAUCAAGCAAGAAGACCAAUGGCUGAUCGCCCGAUCGCUCAUAGACCAUGGAGCCGACGGCACAUUACUCCUUCUAUCAUUAGAAGAUCAAAAGCUUGCAGACCCUCGACUUCUCUAUGUACUCCAGGACGGCGGUGCGAAUAUCUACUUAACUCGGCCAAUUCCAAUUCUAACUCAAGAUCAUGAUCUAAGCCUCCGCCUCUCAGUUACGAUGUCGCGUACAUGCAUAACAUGUGUGUCCGUACCAGACAGAUGA